AUGUCUGCACUCCGUAGAAAAUUCGGUGAAGACUAUCAAGUUGUGAAUACUUCCCGGGUUUCCACCUACAAUGCUCCCAUAAAAAAGAAAAGGCAAAGGUUUGUAGACAAGAACGGCCGUUGCAAUGUACAGCAUGGGAACUUAGGCGGAGAGACAAGUAGGUACAUUUCUGACUUGUUCACUACUUUAGUGGAUCUGAAGUGGAGAUGGAACCUUCUAAUCUUCAUUCUGACUUAUACAAUUGCCUGGCUAGUGAUGGCUUCAAUGUGGUGGAUCAUAGCCUACAUCCGAGGAGAUAUAAACCAGACCCAUGGCGAGAACUAUACCCCGUGUGUGGCCAAUGUUUACAAUUUUCCAUCCGCUUUUCUUUUCUUCAUAGAAACAGAGGCCACUAUCGGUUAUGGCUUCAGAUACAUAACCGAGAAAUGCCCCGAGGGCAUCAUCCUCUUUUUGUUCCAGUCCUUGCUUGGUUCCAUCGUGGAUGCCUUUUUGAUCGGGUGUAUGUUCAUCAAAAUGUCCCAGCCAAAGAAAAGAGCAGAGACUUUGAUGUUCAGCCACAGCGCAGUUAUAUCCCAGCGUGAUGGCAAAAUGUGCCUGAUGUUUCGAGUAGGGAACCUUAGAAAUAGCCAUAUGGUCUCUGCGCAGAUGAGAUGCAAAGUGAUAAAGUCCAGGCAGACCCCAGAAGGAGAGUUCCUGCCCCUGGAUCAGUGUGAAUUGGAUGUUGGAUUUGGGACUGGUGCAGACCAACUGUUUCUUGUUUCACCUCUGACUAUUUGUCAUGAAAUAAAUCCUAAAAGUCCCUUCUUUGACCUAUCACAACGAUCCCUAAGAAGUGACCAGUUUGAAAUUGUGGUGAUCCUGGAGGGAAUUGUGGAGACCACUGGAAUGACGUGUCAAGCGAGGACCUCGUACACAGAAGAUGAAGUUCUUUGGGGUCAUAGGUUCCUUCCAGUCAUGUCACUAGAAGAAGGCUUUUUCCGUGUAGAUUAUUCCCAAUUCCACUCCACAUUUGAGGUCCCCACUUCUCCCUAUAGUGUAAAGGAACAAGAUGAGAAGCUGUCGCUUACAUCGCUCUGUGCCACGCCCUGCAUCAGCAACAGCAAGAACAGAAGAGAGAGAAUCUUCUCCUUGAAUUGUAUUGAUACUCUAGAGGAAAGGGGCAGCAAAUUACCAGCCAAACUUCAGAAAAUGAGCACCAGCAAAGAGGAACAGCAGAGGAAAGUUCUGAGGAUGACUGCCGAUAUAGGCGAAAAAACUUGCAGCACUGGAGAUCUCCCUCUAAAACUGCAGAGGUUAAGUUCUAACCCCAGCAAUUUUGGUGUUGAGGAAAGACUCCCGCUGAAGAGUUUCAAAGUCAAUUCGGAAUCCAUUACUCAGUCAACAGGAGAUCUGCCACAUAGGGAACAUGGCCUGCAGCCCAUAGGGACACGGAUGGAGGACAAUUUGCCUGCCAAACUGAGGAAAAUGAAUUCUGGCCGCUUCACUUAG